AUAAAGGCUGGACGGGCACUGCCCCUUGCACUGUCGAGUUGAACUCUCAGCACAACACACACACAUCAUGUACAAGCUGGUCGUCCUGCUGUGCGCCGUGGCCGCCGCCACCGCCACCCCCGGCCUUGUGGGCGCGCCCGUCGUGGCCGGCCCCGCCCUCGCCGCUCCUGGCCUGAUCGGCGCUCCCGGCCUGAUCGGCGCUCCCGGCCUCCUGGCCCCCCGUGCCAUCGCCGCUCCUGGUCUGAUCGGUGCUCCCGGCCUGAUCGGCGCUCCCGGCCUUCUGGCUCCUCGCGCCAUCGCCGCCCCCGGCCUGAUCGGCGCUCCUGGUCUGAUCGGCGCUCCCGGCCUGAUCGGCGCCGGUGUCGUCGGUGCUCCUCUGGGUGUCCGCGCCAUUCACGGUUAAUUCACCCAAGACCCUCUUAAUUUAUC